CAAUUUUUUAUUUUUCAGAUACUCUUGUAAAGCGCAUAAAAUGGCGGUAGGCGGUAGGCAACGGACACUCCUGGGUUUUCUAGAUGAAUACAUGGAUGAGGAUCUGGCCGAUUUUACAACCAGCAAAAUCGGCGGCCGACCCGACCUGUGUUGUGCUGGAAGCUUGUCCCCAGCUUGUGAUGUAUGCGGGUCAACUCAACCUUUAAUCACUCAGAUCUAUGCUCCGCUAACAAACUCAGAGUACCAUCGAACCCUUUAUUUGUUCUGCUGUGUCCAGCCUGCAUGUUGGAAUACGCAGAAAUCUUGGUCGUGUUACAGGUCCCAGAUUAAGGAGGUUGGAAAAGAGGAAAAGGGGACAUCGGUAACCUCGGCACCGUUCUCCACUGACUGGUUGGAAGAUGCGGAGGACUGGGGAGAUGAGGAUAAUGGUAAUGAGAAAAUUAAACCAGCCUCUACUCCAUCCUCUCCAGACUCCCCUCCACCUCAAGGAGCUGUAGGUGGAGUUCGAACAGCUCGUGGUUUGGAUAAUUUACGAGUGAAAGAAACAACCUUAGAACACCUGAGUCUUGAUGAGAGUAAGAAACCCGGAAAGGUUGAGGAUGGAAAUGCAAAUGAGCGGAUUCAUCAAAUUUGCAAUCCGACGAGAGGUGAUGAGGCAACAGCAGAGAUAGAGAUGGAUGAUAACGAUUCUUCUUGUGUUUCUGUUGAUAUUCCACAAAUAGACACCUCACACAUUCCCGGCCUAUUCCAGACAAAGAACUCAGCUUCUGUCCCAACCUUAGGAGUUAUAAUUGACCCUAGAUAUAUCUGGGUCGGGGAGGAGGGGGAGGAUAGUCCUACAGCUAGUCAACACGAGAUGCAACUUAUUAAACAGUUUCAGAUGGACGGAUCUGAAGAUGUAGGAGGGGGAGGAGGAGAAAUUUAUGAGAAAAUCCUUCCGGCUCAUGGGGAUGAAUAUUCUCACAACCUUAUCUCUACCAUUCAGAGGAAUCCAGGACAGGUGCUUAGAUACAGUAGAAACAAUAUAGAAUCAGCACUAGUGUUUCAACCACUGGAUUUAAUAUACAUCAAAUCAUUAAGAUGUGAGUACUGUGGAUUAGGAUUGGUUUAUGAACUUCAGCUUUUACCAACCUUAGUUUCAACUUUACAAUCCAGGAGUCUGGACGGAACAUUAGUCGAGUUUGGAACUGUUCUUGUAUUCUCCUGUUCUGGAUCCUGCUGGAAAGACGGAGAUAGUUUCCGUCGGGAGAUCAUUUUAUUACAGCAGGAGAAUAUGUAAUUACAUUGCAGCAGGAGAACAUAUUAAUUAUACUGCAGCUAGCAGGAGAAUAUGUAAUUAUGCUGCAGCAGAAUAAUAAAUAAUGAUAAUGCUGCAGGAGAAUAUUUAAUUUUUACUGCGGCAGUAGAAUAUGUGAUUAUACUGCAGCAGGAGAAUGUGUAAUCAUACUGAUGAGCAAUACAAAAAUGUUCAUGUAUUUUAGAUGUUAUAAUUCAAUUUGUCAUGGAAAUUUCUAGUCGCAUCUAGACUACAGAGCUUGUAAGACCGCGCGGUUUACCAUUAUUCCUUUAAAAUUCCUUUUUAGAUAAUGCUUUUUUAUGCUCUUAUACUGUGCUUAGGAUCCGUUGGAUCCACUUGGAUCCGCAUGAUUUUGGCUUACUGGAUCCAAGGGGCAAAAUAUCAACCAAAAACUGCAAAAAAAAACUUGUUUACUCUUUAAACCCAAAACUGAACUAAUGAAAAAGAGAGAUAUCAUAAAAUUUCGAAUGGUUUAACAAGUUUUGGCAAAAAUAUAAACGAAAAAUUAAGACAAAAAAUUUGAAAAUUCUGCUUUGUCAUAAAAAAUAUCAGUAAAGAAAUUACCUGCACCCGGAUCCGGAUUCCAUUUUUUUCAGUGUGGAUCCAGGAUCCGGAUCUGCAUCAAAAUUAAAUGUAUCCUAUGCACUCCUCUUGUAUGUAGUACAGUUCUUAGUGUGCAGUACUGUACAAUAAACAUAUCUUUUACUA